AUGCCAGUCAUCGGUCUGGAAAAGCUCAUAGCUCUUCAACAAAAGGCGGAUGAUAUUAGAAACGUCUGUAUCCUUGCACACGUCGAUCAUGGGAAAACCUCCCUUACAGACGCUCUUAUUGCCACAAAUGGCAUCAUAUCUCCUAAGAUGGCGGGUAAGAUACGAUACCUUGAUUCUCGCCCUGACGAGCAGCUGCGAGGCAUCACAAUGGAGUCGUCCGCUAUCUCUUUGUAUUUUUCGAUGCUACGUCGCUCCGCUCCUGACACACCCCCUGUCGAGAAGGAGUAUCUGAUCAAUCUGAUUGAUUCGCCUGGGCAUGUCGACUUCAGCAGUGAGGUUUCCACAGCUUCGAGGCUCUGCGACGGCGCUCUAGUGCUUGUUGAUGCGGUAGAAGGUGUCUGUAGUCAGACCGUCACUGUUCUCCGUCAGACGUGGACCGAAAAGUUAAGACCAGUACUCGUGAUCAACAAAGUAGAUCGCCUGAUCACGGAGCUCCGAUUGAGUGCGGCAGAGUCAUACUCCCACCUCUCGAAAUUAAUAGAGCAAGUCAAUGCUGUCAUAGGUACGUUUUUCCAAGGUGAGCGAAUGGAAGAAGAUCUGCAGUGGCGAGAAAAGAUCGAACAAAAGGCCGCAGAAGCAACAGAGAAGAGGGCUGCGCUAGCUGGUGAUAUGGAGAGUAUUGCUCCAAGUAGUACCACUGGAGAGUUUGAGGAGAAAGGCGAUGAGGACCUUUAUUUCUCUCCCGAGAAGAAUAAUGUCAUCUUCAGCAGUGCUGUUGACGGCUGGGCUUUCACGGUCAGGCAAUUCGCAUCUAUGUACGAGAAGAAGUUGGGUAUCAAGAGGUCUGUUUUGGAGAAGGUGCUAUGGGGAGACUACUAUCUCGAGCCAAAGACGAGGAGGGUUCUUGGUUCUAAGCAUCUAAAAGGCCGAGCACUGAAACCAAUGUUUGUGCAGCUUGUGCUUGACAGCAUAUGGGCUGUUUACAAUGCUACCAUGAGUGGCACUACUGAAAGAGGUGAUCCAACAUUGCUUGAAAAGAUUACAACCUCUCUUUCAUUGAAAAUCCCUUCUCAUGUUCUCCGCUCGAAAGAUAAUCGCGCUAUUCUGACAAAUGUCUUUUCUUCAUGGUUACCGGUGUCGACUGCUGUUCUCGUUUCCGCUAUUGAGUAUCUUCCUGGACCACGAGUAUCCCAAGCAGAAAGACUACCAUCCCUAAUUGAUGUGUCGCCAGGGGCGUCAGCUGUCGAUCCACAAAUACGAGAUGCUAUGAUCAAUUCAAAAGCGACCCUCGAUGGUCCUUUCGUCGCCUAUAUCAGUAAGAUGGUCGCUGUACGUGAAAGUGAAUUGCCAAAAUAUAAAAAAAGGGCUGGACAAGGUAUGACUGGAGAAGAAGCCCGUGACCUGGCCCGAAAGAAGCGCAUGGAAAUACAGAAAACGCAAUUAAUGAUGAAUGCUGGUGCUGGUGCUGGUGCUGAUCAUGGCGUUGAAGAUAUCUCGGAACCUUUAGAAGGCAUGGCGUUGAACGGCUCGGUCGUUGAUGAAGAAGAGGACCCAGAACAUCUUGUUGGUUUUGCAAGAACAUACUCGGGUUCGCUCUCUGUAGGGGACUCUAUUUAUGUCCUACCUCCUAAAUUUUCUCCAAAUAAUCCUCAUGCAGCACCCAAGCCACAGAGAGUGGCCGUGACUGGGCUUUAUCUGAUGAUGGGACGAGGCCUCGAGAUACUCACAUCUGUGCCUCCCGGUGUCGUUUGUGGCAUAGCUGGGCUGGAGGGUCUUGUACUGAAGUCUGCUACUUUAUGCAGCAAGCUUGAAGGUGCCGUCAAUCUGGCUGGGCUCAGCAUGGGUACUCAGCCCAUUGUUCGAGUCGCCCUGGAACCUGUCAAUCCAGCGGAUCUAGACAAGAUGAUUCAGGGUAUGAAAUUGCUGGAACAGAGCGACCCUUGCGCGAGGUAUGAGCUUUUGAGCAGCGGUGAGCAUGUCAUCUUGACCGCUGGCGAGUUGCAUCUCGAGAGAUGCCUCAAGGAUCUUCGAGAAAGGUUCGCAAGAUGCGACAUUCAGGCUGGCGAGCCGAUUGUGCCAUAUCGUGAAACAAUAGCCAGCAGUGCGGAGAUGACGCCACUCAAGGACAAAGAUCUCCCAAGGGGCACGAUUAUCAGUGAUACAAAUUCAAGGCAAAUUACCUUACGGCUGCGGACAGUACCACUCCCAGUCUCGGUGACAACGUUUCUGGAGAAGAAUGUAGCCUCAAUCAGGCGCCUGUAUGCAGAACAAAAAGCCCAGCAAGAAAAGCGUCAGGCUUCUGCAGCCGAGCAUCAGGACGAGAGCGACGAGGAACUCGAACAAGAGAACGAGAGUGCUGAAGUCAAUGUAGAUUUUGUUUCCGUCUUGGAAUUUCGAGAGAAGCUACGUACCGCAUUCGCCGAAGCAAACGCAGAGAAUGGUAUGUGGAAUAAUGUGGUUGAUAAGAUCGCAGCGUUUGGGCCAAGAAGAAUUGGUCCAAAUAUCCUGGUGGAUGCAACACCAGAGGGCACAUGCCAACGAUUCCUUCGAGAAAACGACACCCAAAAUCGGCCUCAGCAUCUCGACACCAAAGCUGCCAAUAGAGAUCUCAUUCAUCCUCGCGAGCUCUCGGACAAAGUCUCCUACGCAUUCCAGCUAGCCACGGCCCAAGGCCCAAUGUGCCACGAGCCAAUUCAAGGCAUAGCAGUCUUCCUCGAAUCCCUCACCAUCAAUUCCUCCUCUGACAACCUCCCAUACACCACAAUAACUCCAAGCAUUGACGCCAACAACACAGACAUCUCAUACGUACCCCACGCAACACCAUCAGCACCUUCAACAGCAAACAAAGACCCCAACAUCGGCCGCCUGACAGGCGAAAUCCUCAAACUAACCACCUCAGCAAUCCACACCUCCUUCCUCUCCUGGUCCCCGCGGCUCAUGCUCUCCUACUACUCCUGCACAAUCCAAACGCACCCAGACGUUCUUGGCCGCACCUACAGCACCCUAUCCCGCCUGCACGCGACCAUAACUUCCGAAUCAAUGGCUGAAGGCACACCCUUCUACAGCAUCACAGCGCUCCUCCCACUCGCCACCUCCUUCAAUAUUGCCGGUGAACUCAUGAAGAACCCCUACUGGGUGCCUAGGAGUGAGGAGGAGUUGGAGGAUUUCGGGGAGAAGGGAGAUCGGGAGCGCUGGAGCAAGGUUCUUUUAGAUAGGGUGAGGAGGAGGAAGGGUCUGAUUGUCAAGGGUGAAAGGGUUGUUAAAGAGGGUGAGAAGCAGAAGACGCUGAAGAAGUGA